GUGCUUUGCUUUGCUUUACGGACAUAAAUUGUCGGGAGGAUGCAGAAGGUCCGAUUAUUCUAGGUACUAGUCAGGUGUCUGAACACAACAACCACUGCGAGCGUUAAUGCCACCCAUCCCCGACCGACCGAGCCCUUCUCUCUCAGCCAGCCCAACAAUAAAAGAGAGAAAAGGCAACCUUUGCACACAUAUUCACAACGAUAAACCCACCAAUCCGUUUGUCCGUCAGCCUGUCCCUCCCCCAUCCAUCCACUCAUCCCUCACUGUCUGUUUGUUGAAUCAUGCCAUCACAUCAUGCACGGCGCAAACCCAGCCGCCCCACACACGGCCCCGAACGGCGGGCAGCAUGAGGCCUUCCCCGGCCUGGCCCGCCGGCACCGCCGCCCCCCACACCCCCGAUGCCCACACUGCGCCGGGCAGCACGCAGCUGUGCCCGACUUGGCAUCCUCAGCGAAUAUGCCGCCCAGGUACCUCACGCACACCCCUUCUGGCUCAUGUGGGAUCGGCAGUGCCUGUGUCUGGUUGCUGGCUGUCGAUGUGGACGUUGAUGUGAUGGCGAUGGCGCUGUCUGGUAGUGCUGGCAGCUGCUGCGGCUGUUUGGGCUGUUUGCUUGGCGGUGGUGGGCGUGAGGCGGUCCAGUAGAGGGCCCACGACCGAGAUAAACCGGUGUCUAGCGGCACGGACCUCAGCACCGUGUAGGCAUCGGCCCUGCAGGCAGAAUCACACACAACACACGCGUAAGCAACACACACAGAAACACACACACAAUGAUGGCCAGCUGUGGGGGGCGGGCGAUGACACACUAAGACACUCAAGACUCACUUACUUGUUGAGUGUGGCGUAGUUGAGCAUGAGUAUGGACGUCCAUGUGGUCCACUCGGCGGCCUUCAGGAUGGGCAGGUCACUCAGCCGGUCGGUCCACUCGUGGUACACAAACUCUCUGGUGCGCAUCAGAGGCAGCGCCGGCGUCACUGGCAGCAUCUACAGGGACGAACGGCAUCAUUAUCACACGUGUGUGUGUGGUGAGGUUCGCUUUCUCCCUGCCUGUCUGUCCGUCCGUCUGCCUCCCUCUGUGGUCGCUAACUCACCUGUAUGCCGUGGAUGUAUUCGGUGUUGUCACCGAACCAAGUGGCGUAGUCGACCUUGUUCUCGAACAAUAUACCGGACACACGAUUCUUGACGAAGGCCGCUGGGUGGUUGCCGUUGUCGGGACUCAUCAGGAAGUACUCGCGAAUUGACGCACUGCACCCGUUCGUGGAUGGAUGGCACACACAUGGCUCUCUAUAUCUCUCUGUGUGUGUGUGAGUAUAUAUGUGUGUGUCCUUCCUCCCUGCCUACCUGGCCAUGUGGAGCAUGGUGGUGCCCAGCGCUUCAAGGGCGCUGUCGCCCAUGACCUUGCCCCACAUGCACAGCCCGAAAUGCCAAUUCAUCUCCUCCGACACACUCUCGGCAUCCUUACCUACAACACACACACACACACGAAUGACGUGCGGUGCGGGGGCAGGAAGGCUCACCAUCGUUUGAUGGGAUGAUGCCGCGAGACCACGAGUGUCCGUCCAUCCACGAGAAGCUGCGGAAGGGGGGGAAGUGGGGGUCGUCGUCGGCGGAGGUCGACACGUCGCGGAUGAGCGUCUCCACAAACGCCUGAUGCACACAGGCAGACAGACAGACAGACAGAAACAAACAGCCCCCACACCACAUGAGGCCAUUGAUGGUCUCUUCCACUCCAUUCGCUCACUUUGUUGGUCUUGUUGGCGGCCCACUGCGGCUGCAUGUACGCCAGGACAGCCGCGGACACCACAAAGUAGCCAACUGCGAUGCGAUCGAUGGAUGCGGUGCACACAUACACACACGCACACACGCUAAUGCAGCCACACCCCUUCUGCAGACCACAUGCUCACUCACAGUGGUAGUGGUGAUCGUUGUAGAGAGCGUUGCCGAAGUCGGUCGAUAUCAUGUCGUCCAAGUCACCAGACAGCCCUCCAGAGCUCACCACGCCGCCCCAAGACUCGUCGUACCGCAGCGCAGGCGGCCCCUUCUCGCACUCGCCGUGGUUCACCACACACCCGAGCGCACGCUCCAGCUUCCCGACACACCCACUGGUGACAGCGGCUGACUUGCCGAGCAGCUUGGUGGCAAUGAGGCAGAGGUAGGCGAGUUUCUGGACCUGUUUGCCGGUCCAAUAGUAGUCGGGGAGCAUGGCGUGGAGCAUGACGUCGUAGGCGGCGAUGUCUUGCUCGACGAUGGCCUUGAUCUCUGCCUGAUGCUCGGCGGUCAUGUGCUCGUCGGGGGGGAGAAAGCCGAUACUGGACGCUGGGACCUAUGUGCCCACACACGCACGUUCACAGAGGGAGGAAGAAUGGCGUCUGUUCUGUUCUCUCCCCCCCCAGUUGCUUACCCCCUUGACGCGCAUCGUCCAUUCAUUGCCCACGACGGCCGUCAUGCUGCCCUUAGUCGGCCCCUCUGUGACGUACUUGGUCACACGGGCACCAUCACUCGCGUCGACACCGCUCUUGACCUGGUGGGGGAAGGCCAUGUGCAGCAGCUGGGGGCUCUUCCUCUCUGCGCCGCUCCCCGCCUCACGGCUGCCCGUCUUCCAUCUAAAGCGGUAACCGUACAUGUCUUCCUCUGUGUCGGGCGCGAAGACGUCCAGGUGUGCGCCGAGUGGCCACACACCGACGUGCUUGUCGAGAAGCCGCUCUCUCUGGGGGACGGUCAGCCGCUGGACGGUCGAUGGCAUCGGCUGCAGCUCGGGUGACGACGGCGUGUCGGCGAGCAGCGCCGCCCUCACUGUGCCGCUGAAGGACCUGCUCCCCUGGAUGCUCUUGCUCUUGUCGUCGUAGACCAGCUGGAAUGGGGUAUUCGGUGCGGCAUCUUGUUUCUCCUCAAUGAACCAGAGCUUCCACACCUGUUGGUUGUGCGUCAGCUGCACCAGGGCUGUUGUCACGUGCUCAGCCGACGCUGCAUCCGCCGCCCUCACAGAGACGUCCACGUCAAUGUCUUCAGGCCAGGUUGGCAUGCCCUCAAUCGCCACCAGCUGUCCGCUCUCGUCUCUCUGCGCCGCCCAGACGACGGGGAACAGCAGCAUGAGGCGUGGGGUGACAUCGCCGCCGCUGUAUACAGCCGUGAUGUAGGCCAUCCCCUGGACGAUCGGAAAUGUCACCCCUCCCUCCUUGAUCUUCGAGCGUCUCAGCUGCAGAUGGGCGCCAAACAUGUCGUAGUCAACGACCUCCUUUGUCUGCAGGCACGUUUGAACAACACACAUAAGAGCUGCAGCUCGCGUGUUGUGCAUUCAAUGGCCUGGCCAGCUCGCUCACCGUGAGUGCCUCUGACACGGCGAAGGCGAUUGACGGCUCGAAGGGCGUGUAGUAGAACUGAAUGCCAUCAGGCGCGAGCCGGCCGGGGCCCAGGUGCUUGUACUGAUGCGAAACCAACAGCUGCCAAUCCACACAACAGAACACACACAUCAGCUGAGUAGUGUGUAACCUCUCACUCGCCACCCGAGCGCAGACUCACCCGGUAUCCGCCGCCCGUGGGAUCAUCCUUCUGGCAUUUGACGACAAACGGCAUUGCAUGCACAGGGCUGUCGCCAUCGCCGAUCACCAGCUGCGACCAGAACUUGUUGGUGUGGAUAGGCCGGCCGCCUUUCACGCCCUCCCCCUCUGCCUCUGCCUCAGCCCGGCCCGAGAGCGUGUCGGCAGCACUGACGAACUGCGGGACGGGCACGGCUUGGUCCGGUGACCUGCGGAAGGGCUUGAACAUGGACGCGUCCGGCGCACCAGUCGCCGCCCCUGUUGCUGGCUUGCCCAAAACGGCUCCCUUUUUGGCCGGUUUGGUCUUCUUAUCCUUCUCUGUCUUCUCUUUCUUCUCACCAUCGCCGCUCUUCUCGUCUGCCGCUGCUGGCAGUAGGGUCAGUAUCUCCUCUGCGUGUCCAUCAGCCGAGGGUUGUGUGUCUGUCCUGGGGCGGGCAAUGCGUGCAUCGACGCGCACGCGAGGCCCCAGCAGCUCUCUUGCGUCGGGGGAAGCACCUGAAGCAAUCAGAUUCACCCAUGCAUCAUCCCCGGAGGGGUUGUUUUGCCAAGUUGUGUUUGCGCACGUACGUGUGUCGCUUACUGAUCUGGCCGACGCAUACAACAGCCAGUAGGAGGCCGAGUGUGGUGGCCGCCUUGGAGAGGCCUGCCGCCCCAUUCAUGUACGCAUCGACACGCUGUUCCCCGCCGCAACGGCUGGUCUUCUGAUCGCCCAU